AUGGAGUCUCACCAAAAAGUGACUGUGCUGCCAGCCCAGACGCCCAGGUAUCGCCGGGCUACCUCACGACCAUCAACACCGCUUACGACGGAUGAAUCCGAGAAACCAAGUCUGAAUUUGGACAAGGAUGAACUUCUUUCCUUAGUUUCAGGCCCAGUCGAAGCCACAGCGGCCGAGCUUUACGAGGCACAUCGAGAUCCAUUUCGUGGCGGAUUUGCCGCUCCAGAUGGCCCGCACAUCAGAAUAUCCGAUGCCAAACACGAUGUCUCAUUUCCCACUCAACAGGAUAUGCACAGAAUCUCGGCCGCCACACAGGCCACAGUCGAGAAGCUUUGCAUAUCUCUGCGGAAGCGACUGCGAUAUCGGGAGCUGGUCCCACUGGAAAGAAUAUACGCGACGUAUCAAGAACUGCCCGAACCUCGAAUGCUCAAUCUCACAGCAGGCUGGAGAAAGGAACUUUUACGAGUUAUGGGGAUGCCCAAGAAGCGAAACGCUACCAGCAUGCUGCGUUAUUUUUCUCUGGUGGCUGACGUAAAGAAUGCUGGCCUCACGCUCAAUCAGCGGCAGUGGAACUAUGCGCUGGCUUUCGCCGCCAAGUACACUGCCAGAGUCCAGACACGGCAGCUCGAAUCCGCAAUGCGACUGUGGUCGGAAAUGGAGCGUGAAGGGAACCAACCCGCAAAUGAAGUCACCUUUAACAUUCUCUUUGACGCCGCGACAAAAGCUGGCAGCUUUGCGCUGGCCGAUAUGCUGUACAAGGAAAUGGAAAACCGCGGUAUACACUUUAACCAUUUCCAUCACGUUACACUGAUCUAUUAUUUUGGCCUGCAGAGGGACUCUGAUGGCGUCCGAGCUGCGUACAAGGAGAUGGUGGAAGCUGGCCAGCUUGUGGAUACGAUUGCAUUGAACUGCGUCAUUUCAGGACUCCUCAGAUCUGGAGAGGAGGGAGCAGCCGAAGACACAUACCGUCGGAUGAGGGCUGGUGGGAAGGUGGCGCCUCGGCAGCCGGAAAAGGACUACAUGGUCUCCAAGGCCAUCACGAAAGCUCUCAUGAUGUUGUCCAAGGUGGCCAAGGAGCACCCUUCACUCAAAACCAACUUCCAAAGAAGUGUCCGCAUAUCCCCAGACCUGCGCACAUUCAAACUCUUCAUUGAACACUACGCUGUCCGUGUGGGAGACCUAGGCAAGGUGGUGUACUUUUUGGACGAAAUGAAGGCGCAGAGUGUCGUUUUGCACCCAACCCUGUUCCUGGGCAUCUUCCGAGGCUUUUUCCUCCAUGGUGGCCAUCCGGGUUCAGACUGGAGUGAGCAACGACUCGACAGCGUCGUAAAUGCUUUCUACCAAGCGCAAGACGAAAUGGGGGAACAAUUUCGCAUCGACAAAUGGGCUGUUAUCUGGUUCCUGAAAGCGGUCAAACGCUGUUGCUCGCAGCAGAAGCUGGAGAAGGCUUUUGACGAGGUUUCCACGCGUUGGGAUGUUCCUUUGGACCGUCGGCUGGAGGUUCUUGCUAUUUGCGAUAAGAUUGUUGGCAGAACUGACGACAUUGCAGCUUGGCGUAUCUUUGAGAGCACCGCCAAACUCAGGCAAAUCAUGGGCAACAGGAUUAUUCAGUAA